AUGGUGACUCCUUCCAAGAGGACGCUUGAUGAAUCCAGUUGGGGUAAGUGUCAACGGUCACCUCUCCGAAAGCAACACGACGAGCGUGAGGAACAGAGGAGGCUCCCGGAACCUUCAGAAUGCCACGAGGAGGGGGAACAGAACGGGAAGCAUGAAGAACAGGCCACACAGGAGGAAGGACAGGAGCGAAAGAGAAAGCAUAGGGAUAAGCCCAAGAAAGAUCACAAGGUGAAAGGGGAGGGGAGGGAGGAGGAGAGAAAGGGGGGGGGGCAACUUGCCUCGACUACCAACUGGGCACCGACCUUGGGUAGAUCAAUGGUACCAGUCAGCAGCAUGCGAGCUGCCAAAGGAGAAACGAUAGCCACCGAAGAGGACAUCUCGAACUCCAAGAACAGAAAAAAGCAAAAGCAAAAGUAA